AUCGUGCGUCGGGCGAGCGGGCGCAGAAGUCCACGAUCAGCUCCCUGCUCUUCGAGAGCGACUCUGAAGCCCUGAAGGCCAAAAACAUCAAACAGACGGAGCUGGUGGCGGACAUGAGAGAGUCGAUCGCUCGGGUGGCAAAACACUUCCAGUGCCUGGACCGCGACUGCAGCACGGACCUCACUCCAGACUACACCACGGAGUCCCACCAGAAAGACCACGAGAACUUUGUGCUGGUGUCCCGUAACCGUCGGCGACGGGCGAAGGCGCUCCUCGACUUCGAGAGACACGAUGAUGACGAGCUGGGGUUCCGCAAGAAUGACAUCAUCACGAUCGUCUCUCAGAAGGAUGAGCAUUGCUGGGUCGGGGAGCUGAACGGACUGAGAGGUUGGUUUCCGGCCAAAUUUGUGGAGAUUCUGGAUGAGCGCAGCAAAGAGUACUCGAUUGCUGGUGAUGACUCUGUCACAGAGGGGGUCACUGACCUGGUUCGGGGGUCCCUGUCUCCGAGCCUCAAAGCCAUCUUCGAGCACGGACUCAAGAAGCCUUCCAUCCUGGGGGGGCCCUGUCACCCCUGGCUCUUCAUCGAAGAGGCUGCAGGGAGGGAAGUUGAAAGAGAUUUUGACUCGGUUUACUCAAGACUGGUCCUCUGCAAGACUUACAGGUUGGAUGAAGAUGGGAAGGUCUUGACUCCUGAGGAGUUGCUGUACAGGGCUGUCCAGUCUAUCAAUAUGAGUCACGAUGCAGCACAAAGUCAGAUGGACGUCAAAUUCAGAUCUCUGAUCUGCGUGGGACUAAAUGAGCAGGUUCUUCACCUGUGGCUCGAGGUUCUGUGCUCCAGUGUGCCGAGCGUAGAGAAGUGGUACCAGCCCUGGUCCUUCCUGAGAAGCCCGGGCUGGGUCCAGAUCAAGUGUGAGCUCAGAGUGCUGUCCAAGUUCGCCUUCAGCCUUUCGCAAGACUAUGAGCUGCAGACGAAAAACGAGGAAAAGGCGCGGCAGCCUCUGAAAGACGGUGUUCAGGACAUGCUGGUGAAACACCACCUGUUCAGCUGGGACAUCGACGGAUAAACCGGACGAACAACACCGAAACAAAUAAAACACAAACAAAAUGACUUCCUGUGUCGCGGGUCAACUUCACUCCCAUUCAGACCUUCAGAAAGAGGGAGAACAACAAACAGAAUCAAGCAGACAAGCAUUUGGGCUCUAGUGCCUUUUAUCAGCAUUCUGAAGAAGUCACUAGAGCCCCAAACUAGAGCUGGUCUGCUGGACUCAGUUUAGUUUCAAUCAUGCUGAUGAAGGCACUAGAGCCCCAAACUAGAGCUGGUCUGCUGGACUCAGUUUAGUUUCAAUCACGCUGAUGAAGGCACUAGAGCCCCACACUAGAGCUGGUCUGCUGGACUCAGUUUAGUUUCAAUCACGCUGAUGAAGGCACUAGAGCCCCAAACUAGAGCUGGUCUGCUGGACUCAGUUUAGUUUCAAUCACGCUGAUGAAGGCACUAGAGCCCCAAACUAGAACUGGUCUGCUGGACUCAGUUUAGUUUCAGUCACGCUGAUGAAGGCACUAGAGCCCCAAACUAGAGCUGGUCUGCUGGACUCAGUUUAGUUUCAAUCACGCUGAUGAAGGCACUAGAGCCCCAAACUAGAGCUGGUCUGCUGGACUCAGUUUAGUUUCAAUCACGCUGAUGAAGGCACUAGAGCCCCAAACUAGAACUGGUCUGCUGGACUCAGUUUAGUUUCAAUCACGCUGAUGAAGGCACUAGAGCCCCAAACUAGAACUGGUCUGCUGGACUCAGUUUAGUUUCAAUCAUGCUGAUGAAGGCACUAGAGCCCCAAACUAGAGCUGGUCUGCUGGACUCAGUUUAGUUUCAAUCACGCUGAUGAAGGCACUAGAGCCCCAAACUAGAACUGGUCUGCUGGACUCAGUUUAGUUUCAAUCACGCUGAUGAAGGCACUAGAGCCCCUCUCUGAUAAUAUGAUUGUAAGAUACACAAAACCUAAGAAAUUAUUUCAAUUUUUUUCAGAUAUAUUUGACCACUAAAUUGAUUGUUAAAAUAAGUAAUAUAUAUAUAUAUAUAUAUAAAGAAAUUAAUGUGUGUAAAUGUGUGGGUUUUUGUAAGAUUACAUUUUCUGUGCUUCGUUCUUUAUAUCAUAUGAACAUGUAAAAAUAACCCCCCCCCGCCCCCCUCCUCC